UUUCAGUUUUUUUUGUGUAACGUUAAUUAUAGCAAUACAAAGAGUGAAUAUGGAGCGGUUUAUUAACACACAAAUAUAAAAUAUCGAGACUAUAUGGCUACGCUGGAUAAGUCUAAUCAUUUUUUACACUCAGUAUCCACAAGAACCUUAGAGAAAGUUCUCGAAGAAGGACAAUCUUCUUUAAUUCUUAAUUUGAGCCGGCAAAAAUUGAGGGAGUAUCCUAAAAUCACUAAUUAUGAUCUAACUGACACCAUUGAACUUGACAUAUCCAGGAACAGAAUUACCGACUUUCCGAAAGAAGUAUGCGAUUACGUUAGCUUGGAACGGGUGGAUUUCAGCUCAAAUUCUCUCAAAACCAUUGCAUUAAAUAUCGUAAAUCUAAAGGCCCUCUCUGUAUUAAACCUCAGUUGCAAUCAAUUGAGCUAUCUCCCGCUUCCUUUAUGCAAUCUCAAUCUAAAAGUCCUGAAUCUUUGCAACAACAAACUCGUCUCCCUUCCGGACGAUAUAUCUUCCUUACGCUCCCUCGUCGAAUUGGAUGUGAGCUGCAAUGAAAUAACAUAUUUACCUCCCCACAUCGGGAAUUUACAAAAUUUGAGGAUCCUCAAUUUGCGCAAAAAUCUCUUAGUCCAAAUCCCAUCUGAAAUAAGCAACUUAUCGUUAGUUAAAUUGGACAUAUCUUACAACAAAAUAACGCGAAUACCUCCCGAUAUACGCUACAUGCAUUCUACCCUGCUCCACUUCAACGUCCAAUUCAAUCCUUUAGAAUCUCCUCCUAUCAAAUAUUGUAGUCAAGGUAUGGCUCAAAUCAAAAAACUUUUAGAUGUCGAAGCAGGUCGGCGUAAAACCAAGCUGCCUUCAUUCGAUAAUACCGCUAACUUCCAGAAUUUUAAUAAUCAUUUCAACAAUCUCCUCGCCAAUUCGUCUCCUCCCAACAGCGGCAAUUCUAACAAUGACUUAAACUGUUUUAACGGUUUCACCGUUACCAAUAAUAAUCUAAACGAAGUGGCCAGCAGCCCAAAAAUCUCGCCCGUUUCGUGCAAUACGGGAUUAGGAUUUUUAACGAGCUGUCUUUGGAAAACACCUUCGGCUCAUAAUAAUGCCCAAAUUUGUUCAAACGUCGAUACCAUUUAUUCAGAAACAUGCGAAAAUAAUACGGGUGAAAACAACGCGAAUAAAGGCGGCGGAGGCAGGCCUCAGACUGACUCGGGUUAUGGAACGGAUGUAGCCAGUCUCAACGAAAUGAUAUUUCCGGCGUCCAACUGCGAAAUUUUCCAAAAUCAAUCAGAAGUUAAUAUUCGCUCAAAGAUCGAAAAAGAUAAUAACAAUUACGAGAGCAAUGAUCUAGCCAAGAGAAUUAGCGGUGAUAGUAAAAAAAAGGAGGAUAGUAUUAAAGAUCAUGAUUCAAAACCUCUCAAACCUAUUCGACAAACGCUCCCGCUCAAUAGCACGCUGUUAGCGAAAGAAUCAAACGCUUUAUCCUUCAAAAACGACGACGUUGACAAUAACGCGAAUGGAUCGGUUGUCAUUCAGGAUGAAUUCACAAGGGAAUUGAAUCGUCAAAAAGUUCAAUACCAGCUGCAAAAAAGGAAAGCCGAAAAAUUACGUAACGAAUUAUUUUCGCCUAACGGUCAAACCAUCUACAAUCCUAUCGAGCAUAAUAAUCACGUGACAAUGAAUGGACAGCGCGAAUCGAACGAAUAUCAAAAAUCAUGCACAGAUGACAAUCCAAAAUUUUGCGCUACAUUACUUACAAAUGGCCAUACUACAUCGGAGCGCGUAACCUCAGAAGAUACCUUAAAUGUCGAUCGUGAUGACUUCCAAUAUAUUUCCAACAAUACCUCGAACUCAGUCAAUAAUACCCUUCUGAUAACCAAUAAUUUCGUCCCGUCAAAUAAUACGUAUCUCAAGGAUAACGUCGAUAAUAAACUAAUCGAAAUUCGCAAGGAUAUUAAAAGUGUGGUUCCUGAAGUAAAUUUGAGAAAAAGAAAUAGUGAUAAAAACAUCAAUUAUAAUGCCACCGCAAAUAAUACCGUAGCCCCAUUGGCUAGGAUCGAAUCGUUCAUCGAAAAUAGCGACCAUGUGACGGAAGCCUAUAAUAUUAAUAAGGACACGAUAAAUCAUAUUCUCGCAUCGCCUUUUAAAGAUAUCCGGCUUUUGAACGUCAAAAGAUACAAUAACGUCAAUCAAAAUACUCCGAGUAGUAGUUAUAGCGAUAUAAUCAGUAAUUCUCUUCACAACAAAAUUGAUCUAACCAGCACUCCCAAAUCAAUUAACCCGCAUUCCGUUACCUCUAAAAUUAAUCACUCUCCUACACCUCUCAGCUACAAGCAAAGCAAGUUGGAAAGAGAGAUAGAACUUAUUAGAGAGGAUAGAAAAAUCAUCGCUAAACUGAGAGAAAUCAUCGAAACGCGGCUAAAAGUAGUUAUGCCAGAAGAUUUAACGGGAUCUUUGAUGGACGGCGUAGCCCUGUGCCAUUUAGUCAACAAUAUCAAACCACAUACUAUUUCCUCUAUCCACGUUCCCUCAAAACUCAUGCCGAAAUUGACCAUGGCCAAAUGUAAACGGAACGUAGAUAAUUUUAUCUUAGCUUGCAAACAGUUAGGCAUUCAUGAAGUAGAUAUCUGCUUAGCGACAGACGUAUUAGAAGGGCGCAGUGUGAGUCGAAUAGCGAAAACGGUGAUGUGUCUUAAUCAAAAACCUCUCAUCCAAAAUAAUACCAACGGUAGUAGCACAAAUAAUUCAAAUAACGCCAUUAUAAUAAACCAUCACAACAAAACUUCGAACAUCCAUCGUGCCAAUAGCAUUAUCAAACAGCGUCAAUCACAUAAUGGCAAUAUUACAAUGAACGGCGUUUCACAUCAUAGCCCCGCGCCUAGCCCCCUUACUCUGAACGAUGCCUCGAGAAUAAAUUUUACAUCCAAAAAACUUUCCACAUCUUCAUCACCGAGCUAUCAAUCGCAAAUUUCCUACAAAAAAAGUGUCAAUCAACCCGUCGAAUCUAUUAAAAAUAUCAAUAAUUGUAUCAAAAGUAACAGUAAUACAAGUCUGGACAAGGAUUCGCCUGGUCAUAACUUAAUCACUAAAAAACCAUACGCGUUUGCUUCGAACCCACUUAACUCUCAAAUUUUGUCACAAAGACAUCAUCAUAUAUAUUCGGGCACCAACGGUAAUGGCACAAUAUCCAAGAAACAAAAAUUUCCUCUUCAUUUGUCAAACCUGUAAUAUAUUUUUUUUAUAUAGGAAAAGUGGGAACAUCGAGAAACUGAUUCCAUCAUAUUUUUAAGCAAAUUUUUAGGCGAAAAUAAAUUAUUGA